AUGCCAACCCCUUGGCAAAAAUGCUGCAAUAAAAAGUCCAGAACUGAGAAUGCAAAAGCUGAAAUGGACAAUAUGGCAGAGACAAGUGAAAAAAUGCAGAUGAAAAAAGAAAUCACAUUACUAAAUGGAGUUUCUUUAAUUGUAGGGAACAUGAUUGGCUCUGGUAUAUUCGUAUCACCCCGAGGGGUUUUAAUGUAUAGUGCUUCCUAUGGACUCUCACUGGUCAUCUGGGCACUUGGUGGGAUUUUUUCCCUGUUUGGAGCUUUGUGUUACGUGGAACUGGGAACAUCCAUCAUAAAAUCUGGAGGCAGUUAUGCCUAUAUUCUGGAGGCAUUUGGGGCCUUUGUGGCCUUCAUCAGACUCUGGUCUUCCUUGCUAAUUAUCGAACCAACAACUCAGGCAGUGAUAGCAAUCACAUUUGCUAACUACAUUGUUCAGCCAAUUUUUCCCCACUGUGAGCCGCCGUAUGACGCUGUCAGGCUGAUUGCAGCUGCCUGUAUAUGUUCCUUAACAUUUAUUAACUGUGUUAAUGUAAAGUGGGGUACCCGUGUACAAGAUAUUUUCACAUAUGCCAAAGUCAUGGCUCUUAUCUUGGUGAUAUCUGUUGGCCUUUACAAAAUUGGCAAAGGGGAAACUGAAAACCUGAGAGCUCCGUUUGAGGGCUCAGCAACAAACCCAGGGAUGAUUGCCCUGGCUCUCUACUCUGCCCUCUUCUCCUACUCAGGAUGGGACACGCUCAACUAUGUCACCGAGGAAAUGCAGAAUCCUGAGAGGAACUUACCUCUUUCUAUUGCAAUUUCAAUGCCUAUUGUAGCUAUUAUUUACUUGUUGACUAAUAUAGCAUACUAUGUAGUGUUGGACAUGUCAGCUCUCCUCACAAGUGAUGCGGUGGCUGUGACAUUUGCAGGUGAAACCCUUAGUCAUGCCAAGUGGAUAAUUCCUAUAGCAGUGGCCAUGUCUUGCUAUAGUGGCUUAAACUCAUCAAUUAUUGCAGCAUCUCGGCUGUUCUAUGUUGGAGCCAGGGAAGGCCACCUCCCUGUCAGUCUGAGCUUGAUCCACGUGAAGUGCUUCACACCGGUGCCCGCUCUCCUGUUCAACGGCUUAAUGACUUUGCUUUAUCUCCUUGUGGAAGAUGUUUUCCUCCUUAUUAAUUACUACUGCUUCAACUACUGGCUCUUUGUGGGUCUAUCUAUUGCAGGACUAAUCUAUCUGAGAUAUACUCAGCCACAUAGACCACGACCUGUUAAACUUAGCCUCUUCUUCCCUAUAGUAUAUUGCUUGUGUUCCCUAUUCCUGAUUAUAGUGCCUCUCUACAGUGACACAAUCAAUUCCCUUAUUGGGGUUGGGAUUGCCCUCUCAGGCAUUCCUGCAUAUUAUUUGGGAGUCUAUCUGCCAGUUGAAAAACGACCUAAAUGUCUACUUUGGCUCUCUGCUACAACAACGAAGUAUGUUCAGAUGCUCUUCUACUGUGCUCUGUCAGACCUGGACAUAGAUGUGGAACCCACUGCAGCCAAGAGUAAAUAG